UCACAUGAGGAUUCAUACAGGAGAGAAGCCAUUCACCUGUACUGAAUGCGGAAGAAAGUUUUCACAGCCACGUAGUCUUAGAAGGCACAUCAAAAUUCAUACAGGGGAGAAACCCUUUAUUUGCCCCAAGUGUGAUGGUAGGUUUUCAGAGUCAGAUAAACUCAAAAGACACUUAGGAACUCAUACUGAAGGUGAGAAACUAGUUUUUUGCCUUGAGUGUGGGAGAAGUUUUCCCAGCCCAGCUUCUCUUAAAAGUCACAUGAGAAUUCACGCAAAAGAAAAGUCAUGCAUUAAAUGUAAUUGCAAUUUUGAUUCUUCCAAGAGCCUCAAAGAGCACAUGAAAACUCACGAAAGAGAGAGACUGUUCCUUUGCAACGAAUGCGGGAAAAGUUUUUACGAACCAAGUGUUCUGAGAAUGCACAUGCGUUCUCAUACUGGGGAGAGACCAUAUGCUUGCAAACUGUGUGGCAGUUCUUUUGCUCAGUCAAGUGUUCUUAAAAGGCACAUGAGAAUUCACACUGGAGAAAGGCCCUAUGUUUGCACAGAAUGUCCUAGUCAGUUUUCUCAUUCAAGUCAUCUCAAAACACACAUGAGGACUCAUACAGGAGAAAAGCCGUUUGCUUGCACUGUAUGUCAGAGGUGCUUUACACACUCAGGUCAGCUCAAAGCACAUAUGAGAACUCAUACAGGAGAGAAACCAUACACUUGUAAUGAAUGUCAGCGUAGUUUUUCUCUCCUAGAUAGUUUGAAAACACACAUGAGGACACAUACAGGAGAGAAGCCAUUUGCUUGCACAGAAUGUCCAAGUACUUUUGCCCAAUUAGGUGGUCUGAGAGUGCAUAUGAAAAUUCAUACUGGAGAAAAGCCAUUUUCUUGCAAUGAAUGUCAAAGUAGUUUUUUACAGUCAAGUCAUCUGAGAAGGCAUAUGAGAAUUCAUACGGGAGAGAAGCCUUACUCUUGCAGUGAAUGUCAUAUGAGUUUUUCUCAGUCACAUGGUCUUAAAGCUCACUUGAGAAUGCAUACAAGCAUCAAGGCAAAAAUGGAAGCUAAGGACCCAUUAUCAUUUUCUCCUGUCAAGCAGGAAUAUGAAAAUCUUUUGGAUAACCCAACUGCAGUUACAGAUUACAAUGAAGGCUCAUUGUAUUCAGGCCCAUCAUUUGAAGUAGAGGUCAAGGCUGACCCAGAAGAUGAUAAGUUUGCAGUUACAGAAUGUAAUGAUGGCUCAUUGUAUUCAGGCUCAUCAGUUGAGGUUAAAGUCAAGGCUGACCCAGAAGAUUAUUCGUUUGAUGAAAUUGAAGACGCUGAGAAGGACUCAGCAAUUACUGAUGAAGAACUUGAUAAGAAAGUGAUUGUGGAAGUUGGUAUUCACAGAGAAGAAAAUCAAUUCACUUGUCCUGAAUGUGGAAGGGGCUUUUCACAGUCACAGAAGCUUCAAGUGCAUAUGAGGGCUCAUACGGGGGAGCAACCUUACACUUGUGAUGACUGUCAGAGAAGCUUUUCCUUACCAAGCAGUCUCAAAGCACACUUGAGAAAUCAUCCGAGGGAGAAACCAUUUAACUGUACUGUUUGUGAAAAAAAAUUUUCACAGCCACAUGGUCUCAAAAGGCACAUGAGAACUCACAAAAAGAAGAGCCUCUUCCUUUGUAACGAAUGUGGGAAAAGUUUUUACGAAGCAGGUGUUCUGAAAAUACACAUGAGGUCUCACACUGGGGAGAGGCCAUAUGCUUGCACACUGUGUGACAGUUCCUUUGCUCACUCAACUCAUCUUAAAAGGCACAUGAGAAUUCACACUGGAGAAAGGCCCUAUGUUUGCACAGAAUGUCCUAGUCAGUUUUCUCAUUCAAGUCAUCUCAAAAUACACAUGAGGACUCAUACAGGAGAGAGGCCAUUUGCUUGCACUGAAUGUCAAGCUAGCUUUAAACACUCUGGUCAUCUCAAAGCACAUAUGAGAACUCAUACAGGAGAGAAACCAUUCACUUGCGAGGAAUGUCAGCGUAGUUUUUCUAACUUUGACAUUUUAAAAAAACACAUUAGGAUUCAUACAGGAGAGAAACCGUAUGCUUGCAAUGAAUGUUCACGUACUUUUGCCCAGUCAGGUAGUCUCACAUUGCACAUGAAAGUUCAUACAGGAGAAAAGCCAUUUACUUGUAAUGAAUGUCAAAGUAGUUUUUUUAGUUCAAGUCAUCUGAAAAGGCAUAUAAGAGUCCACACCGGAGAGAAGCCUUACAAAUGCAGUGAAUGUCAUAUGAGUUUUUCUCAGUCACAUGGUCUAAAAGGUCACAUGAGAAAGCAUAUGUAAGGUGGCUGGAAUGCUCUUUUGUGCUGAAUAUUUGUUUAGAUUCAAGUUGUUGACAAGUUUUUGCUAAAAUUUGUUCCCACAAAUACAACUUUCAUAUUUUACAUAGGAAUUUAAUUUGUGAACUCAAGCUGGAACACCCAUUCAAACUUAUUUACAAAGUCGUAAACAACUGACAGGCAAGAGGAAGCCCUUCCCACCUGUCAGUCUGCACUCCACUUUGCUUCUGGCUGCUGCCGUGUUCAGAUGUCUUUCACAACUCUCUUCCUUUAUUUUGGCAUUCAAACUUUUUUUUAUUAGACUUGUGUAUUCCUUUUCUUUUUUUGAUUGUGGACUAUAUUUUUGUUUCGCAAUUUUUCAUACCCAUCGUCCUAUUAAGUUUUCUUGCAAGGAAUUAAGUAUGCAUCAUCCUCCAAUUUAUUUCUUAAUAGUUCAGUAUAUUUACCUUACAAUUACAGUGCGGUAGAUUUUUAGCCACUUGGAAGUUCUGUGAUGGUAAAGUUUACCUUAUUUAACAGUAUAAUCCUUGUAGCAUGAUCUGCCUUUGUACUAAUUGGGAGUAAACUAUGUAGCCUUAUUCCUCUUGAUUUCUAUGGCUAAGUCUUUGUGACUUGAUAAUUCGGCAGACGAGGCAGGUUUCAACAAUGGACAAUGAAUGUAAAAAAAGUGUUGGAAGGGAUUUGAGGCGUUCUUCUGUUCUCUAAAAUGUGUGUUGUUGUUCUGAAAUUCAACUCACACUGACUAUGGCUGUGAGUUUAGAGGGAGAAGAGUCUGCCACAUAUUAGAAGGCUUACAUUCUUUCUGUGUCUUUCCCUUCAGUUUUGGGAAUGGAGUCAUUCAGUUCCCUGAGUGGCUGUCUACAAUACUGGAAUCAUUUCCAGUUAUUGGCAGUAGAGACAGAAUAUAUCUGGUCAUAGCUUGUUUUCAGCAGGUAACGAGUUCUUCUCACCUACCUUGGCUGUGAAACUUUUCUCUGCCCUGGCUUGUGGCAGACUUGGUCAGCCCUCAACAAGGGUUUGAUUCCAGGAGGAGAUCUCUGCUUUGUGAGGGAGAUCUUUUGUAUAUCUGAGAAGCUAUUACGGUCCUUCUCUCUUCAUGACUCUCACCUUUAGGAGUUUGACUUAAGCUAUACAAGUCUUUUUUUAUGGUAGUCAGAUAUAGGACUGAACCCAGAGACUGUCUCAUUUAGCCCUAACAUUAGCAUAGUUCUAGGCAAGUCAUCUGUGCUCUUGUAUGUAUGGCCCUUGAUUGGAAGAUCUUUUUGUUCAGAGAUGUCCGAAAUUUCGUAACAAGAUUCUGGACUGUCGGUCAAUAAGUUUGAAUCUUACAGCCUGAUUGAAUAAUGGCAUAGUACUUUUGGGGCUUCACAAGAAAGAAACUGUGGUUUAUGACUCGAGCAAGAAAUACAGAAGGUUUACACAAAAACUCAAUCUCUUAAAACUACUUUAUUCCCUAAUUAUUUUACAGUAUAUAUUUAUAAUAUAUGAAAACUUACAGUAUAUGUAAAGUAUAUGUACGCAAAAACAACAAAAUCAAUUCUUAUUAAAUCUGCAUACACAUACGUGAUAACUACCUUAUUCCAGACUUAAACUAUGAAACUACUUCCAUAUAUAGAACAACCCCACACUUUCAACACCACUGCAACUAAUUAUGAUUAACAUAAUAUUCGGUCACUUUUGUUCUCAAAGAGUAAAGCCUUUAAGUAGUUCUGAAUAACAAAUAUCAUUAUUAAUUUUUUGUAGCAUAUUCUUUACUUAAAUAUUACCUGCAGCAUAUAAACAAAAUGUUGAUGAAGCUUUAUUAACUUCACUCCACUUAAGCAAGUUAUAAACAAAGGGUUUUCUUCAUUUCUAGGCUAAGAAGUUUUAUCUUCUCCUGUUGUUUUCCUUAUAUGUUUAUUGUAGAUCUUAUUUUGUUUUCUAAAUAAAGGAAAAAUUUACAUUCCUCCACACAAACCACUGCCUUUUCAGACACCUACUACAAUACAAACCCUUUAUGUAAUGGCCUAGAAGACUAGCAAUUCCCACAUGCCGUAUGUGCAGUAUGCUAAAAGUGCAGGGUACUUUCCUCUGCUCCUAAAUGGACAAGUAAGGUAACAUCACAAGUUGGGUGAACCUACCAGUUGUUCAGAGAAUACCCAAAUUCCUCCCACGUAUGGGCAGGUCUCUUCUGUAAAGAACAAAGGUUUGUGCUUGUGUAGGAACAAAUGGCAAAUUCUAAAAAUAAUUUACAUUAAUGGACCACCUCAUUCAACCAUUGCUGUUAAUAGGGCCAGAAGCCAAAGUGGAGUGCAGACUGACAGGAGGGCAGGGCUUCCUUCUGCCUGUCAGCAGCUAUUAUCUUCUCAGUAAAUUUGAAUGCUGUUCAUCUCGAUGUUCGCAAGCUAAAUACCUAUGUAAUGAACUUCAGGUUUGUAUUUUGAAAAUAUAAUUUUUUUU